AUGGCAAAUAUUGAAAAGCCCAAAUUCCACAUCCUGGAAGUGAGUGGAAAUAAUUAUCUAUCCUGGUGCCUUGACAUGGAAAUGCACCUCCAAGGGCAAGAUCUCGCUAAUGCAAUUACAGAAGACGGAACCUCAAAUGCAAAAGAUAAAGCAAAUGCACUGAUUUUUAUUCGUCGUCAUUUGCAUGAGAGCCUGCAGACUCAAUAUUUAUCCGUUCGAGACCCUCAGACCUUGUGGAAGAGGUUGAAGGAUAGGUAUGAUCAUACCAAGACUGUUAUCCUCCCUCAAGCACAGUAUGACUGGCAAAAUCUCAGACUGCAAGAUUUUAAAUCGGUGUUUGACUAUAACUCCGCUUUAUUUGAUAUUGUUUCUCGGCUUGAGUUAUGCGGUAUCAAGCUCACUGAUGCGGAACUGUUAGAGAAAACUUUCUCCACCUUCCAUGCUUCGAAUAUUGUAUUGCAACAGCAAUACUGGCAGCGUCAAUUUGCCACAUACUUUGAAUUAAUUUUUGUGCUCCUCACUGCUGAGCAAACUAAUGAAUUGCUGCUCAAAAAUCAUGAUCUUAGACCUACUGGGUCAAAAGCAUUGCCUGAAGCACAUGCUAACUUUGAGAAAAAUACUAGCCAUUUUAAGGGCUAUAAGCGCAAGCAAGAACAUAAUCCUCGAAGGGGUGGCAAGAAAUUUAACCGCCCUAGGAAAUCAAACUUUGACCCGAAUCAUGACAAAGAAAAGAAGCAAAAGAAGGUGACUAAUGAAAGUGUUUGUUAUCGUUGUGGCAUGACUGGGCACUGGUCACGUACUUCCCGUACGCUAAAGCACUUUGUUGAUCUAUACCAGGCAUCUUUAAAAAAUAGGGGCAAGGGUGGUGAAUCUCACGCUAUUGAAAUCAAUCAUACUGCCAUAACCACCGUUGAGGCCAACAAUAUCUCUGUUGGUGGGACUCCUCUUGCUCCUGAAGUAGCAAAUGCAUCCCUGGAUGUCUCUGAUUUCUUUGAGGACCUCUCAUUACUUUGA